UAAAGUCAAUACCAAAUGCGAACUCUUACCUGUUCAAAAAUGUUGACCUACAUCUCAAGUUGAUAGAAAAAUCGCAUAUAAUACAAUUACAGCAUCUGGUUUAUCGAUACAUUUUUUCGAUAAUAUAUCAAACGAAAAUAUCAAUCUGCGAAUAACUAUGCAAUUACAAUUUCGUAGAAUAAAUGUUUUUUUUUUCUUUUUCAGUUCGGUGAUUGUCCCGUAGCUUAAACAACACAACGUACAAAUGACAAUUAACGCAAAACUUAAUACUUCACCGAUGUACGAUUUAUCUAGUAUUUGUUCAACCAAUCAUAAGAUGACGUUGCAUACUUCAAAGUUUAUAACCCAUUUGUUAAAACGAUCUACGAAACAUUAGAAAUAAAGCGUUUCCGUAAACUCUAAUAAUCUGUCAGAUUAAACAAAUCGAUUUGAACGUUUAUCACGUGAAGCUGCUAUCAUGUGAAGCUACUGUGUUUGUUAUCCUUUGCGUCUAACCUUAAACUAUUUACUAUAUUGACAUUUGAAACAAUGUUUGUGACCAGUAGCACAAGUUGAAAGGACAAGUACAAGAAAUAUUUACAGACACUCUGUUCGUUUUAAGUCUCCAUGUGUUCACUAUCAAAAGGAAAUAUUUUGAGCGCAUGCCCUGGGUUAUACUGUGGUAGAGAACUAUUACCCGAUGGAAACUGGACAGAUUGCGGUGCAUGCCCUAACGGUUUCAGGGUAAAUGCAUCUUCGAUCUGCGUGCCUUGCAACGACGAGCCUAUAUUUUAUGACUGGCUCUACCUUGGGUUUAUGGCAUUGUUGCCCUUGGUGUUACAUUGGUUUUGUAUCGAUAAUAAAUCGAUGAGGCACAAUAUACCCAAGGAAGUGACUGCGCUGCAUCUGUCCGCUUUAUUCGAGGUUGUCGCUGCGUCUAUCAUUACGGUGCAACUGUCCGAACCUAUAGGCACCUUCAAGAUCAUAUCAUGUAGAACUACCAAACUUUCAGACUGGUAUACGUUGUUCCAUAAUCCUAGUCCAGACUAUGAAGAAUCUCUGCAUUGUACGCAAGAGGCUGUGUAUCCCUUGUAUACUAUGGUUUUCAUUUGUUACGCUUUAGGAGUAGCUAUCAUGUUGCUGAUAAGGCCACUGAUAGCUAGGAAAGUUUUACCAGUCAAUGGGAAGUUUUCUAUUUAUGCUGCUCUAUACUUUUACCCAGUUCUAGCAUUGUUGCAUGCAAUUGGUGGUGGCCUAAUAUAUUACUCAUUUCCGUACAUAACAAUAAUAUUAUCAGUAUUAUCCAAUGCAGCGCACUUUGCAUUUAAAUUAGAUCAGACAAUGAAAUCAUUAUUAUUGAGUUCCAUAACGAAUUUGAAGAACGUGAUAGUUAUCCUGGGUCAUUGGCUCAUACAUGCGUACGGUAUCAUUGCUGUUGCAACACAGUGUGGCAUCAGCAUUCAUCCAGCGAUGAUCGCGUUAGUUCCUUUGCCCGCGCUAUUUUAUAUUCUCACAGUUAGGUUUACGGAUCCGCAAAAACUGACAUGAAGGGGCAUGUCUAAUAUACCAACAGAGAAUGAUUUUGAUGAUUUUUCAAUAUAUUAUAGGGAGUAUGAUUCUGAACUUUUUCUUUAGGCAUAAUUAGAGGAAACCCUCAGUUUUCGAGAUAUUCGCGAAAAACUACUGCUACUACUAUACGGCGACGACGUAUGUAUCAGCAUUUAAUUUUCCCGGUUAUAUAUGUAUAUGUAGAUAGCUUACCGGAGGUCGCAAGAGACAGUACACGCGCGCCAGACCAAUGCUGACCCACACACGCCGUCACAGCCACGUAUGUACACAGAAAUUCCAUGUAGUAGUAGCAGCAGUAGCUUUUUCGCGAAUAUCUCGGAAACUAAACUGAACAACAUAUUAAAAUUCAUCGAAAUCCUACAUUGGUAUAUUAGAAACUAGUCGACAUGAAAUUUAUUAAACCCUUUUUGUUUAGAAAAACAAUACGCUCUUCGUCCUGCAUCAUUUUGUAUAAAAUAUUUUUAUUUUUCACAUUCUAAACCGGAUAUCUCUCGUAACUUAAAUUAAUUUGUACUGAUUAUAGCUAAUAAAAAUCAUAUUUUCCUUAAUGA